UCUAUGGAAUUUUGCAGUUCUCAAGUUAAUCUGUCCUGCUUAACAGAGAAGACAGCUAUAAUUACUAACCAGGCAGUAUCUGUAAAUUCUCAACCAGAAACUUCAGGCAAGGAGUCUUCUCACAAAUCAAGGAUAACUUCCGUUGAAGGAAAUAAACUUACUUCGAAAAAUUGCAAGGUCACUCCUGCUCUUUCAAGCUUAAAAACUUCAAGGAUUCUAACAACUUUAAACCAACAAGGAACAAACUCCAUAGUAAGCUCAGGCCAGAGCAUUCAGAUACAGGGUAUUACAGCACCGAAGAAUGACAAUCCUAUUUACAUCGGUAACAAUCAGAAGCCUUCAACCCCAUUCUUGAAGAGAAAAACUAUUGAGGUUUCAGAAGCUGAUUUUACAUCGUUGAGGUCCCUAAAGCGCAUCUCUCAGUCUCUUAGUAAAAGCAGAGAUUCUAAAGAAUCUUCAGAAGAAGUUAUUGGAGAGGUGGAGAGUAUGCCCAACAAUUUACUUUACAAUCAUUCAACCCCUGGACUUAAAAGUCCAUCAGAGAUUAAAGUGAUGGAAGUGGAAAUACCUAAUUCUAUGCUGAUGGAAGAUAACAGCAAUGUUGAAAAGGCUGAAGCUUACAUGAAAGAACUUGAAGAUAUUUGUAACAUGCUGAAAAAGAAGCACGAGGAAGCAAAAGACUUGUUAAUUCGAGCCAUAGUCAACGACAAUAACUUGCUGAUGCUUAAUCACCCCAUUUAUGAAGAAGAAAUUCGGAAGGUUCAGAAAUUUGCUUCCCAGUUGAUGUCUAAGGAGAUCCAAACUUGAUCGGCUACAAAUUAUUGCAUUCGGAGGUAUGUAUGUAGAAAGAUCUUUGCUACGUGUUGGCUAUUCUAAACAAAAAUUGUCAGGUAUCAGUAAUCAUCUGAAUUUAAGGACUGAAUACGUGUAUUCCUUCAGCGUUAUCUGAACUUAACUAACAUUUGUUUUCCUUACAAUAAGAAAUUAUGAAAAAAAUUUCACUUGUUUGAUC